GAAGGAAGGGAAGGUAGCAGCCAAAAAGGUGGUGUUGCUGAAGUCAAACCAGAAGGUGGUCUUGUUGAUGGCACUGCGCACUGGCACGGCUUGGUUUGGGCAAGUCCUGCACAGAGCCUCCAGGCUGCAGGGUACCUGGUCCAGAAGAUCCAGCAGCCUCCUCUGCCUCUCCUCAUCCCAGGAACACGAGCAGGGAGUGGGGAGAGGUGACCACCAGCACUGCAUCCACCACCAUCACAGCCACCCAAUCCACUCCCACUCUCCAGGUGCCCAACCCAGCCAUUGCUGUCUGCAACUUCCCAGUGCCCUCUCCACCAUCAGGACUGGGGGACAUGAUCCCCUCAGCAGCCGGUUGCUGGCGGCCAUGAAGCGGCAGAACGUGCGGACCCUGUCCCUCAUCAUCUGCACGUUCACCUAUCUGUUGGUGGGGGCCGCAGUCUUUGAUGCCCUGGAGUCCGACUAUGAGAUGAGGGAGGAGGAGAAGCUCAAAGCCGAGGAGAUCCGCCUGAAAGGAAAAUACAAUAUCACCAGCGAGGACUACAGGCAGCUGGAGCUGGUCAUCAUGCAGUCCGAGCCCCACCGAGCUGGGGUUCAGUGGAAAUUUGCUGGUUCCUUCUACUUUGCCAUCACUGUCAUCACCACUAUAGGUUAUGGGCACGCUGCACCAGGCACCGACGCAGGAAAAGCCUUUUGCAUGUUCUACGCUGUGCUGGGAAUCCCCCUCACCCUGGUGAUGUUUCAGAGCCUCGGCGAGCGAAUGAACACCUUCGUAAAGUUCCUCCUGAAACGGAUUAAGAAGUGCUGCGGGAUGCGGAGCACGGAUGUAUCCAUGGAGAACAUGGUGACCGUUGGGUUCUUCUCAUGCAUGGGCACCCUAUGCAUCGGAGCCGCUGCCUUCUCCCACUACGAAGAGUGGAGCUUCUUCCAGGCCUACUACUACUGCUUUAUAACUUUAACGACAAUAGGCUUCGGGGACUACGUGGCCCUGCAGAAGAACAGGGCCCUCCAAAAGAAGCCCCUCUACGUGGCUUUUAGCUUUAUGUACAUUCUGGUGGGGUUGACGGUCAUCGGGGCUUUUCUAAACUUAGUCGUUCUCAGGUUUUUAACCAUGAACAGUGAAGACGAGAGGAGGGAUGCCGAGGAGCGGGCAUCUUUAGCCGGAAAUCGCAACAGCAUGAUCAUCCACAUCCAAGAAGACUCACAACACGGCCGGCCACGGUAUAAGACUGAAGUGACAGACCUUCAGUCAGUUUGCUCUUGCAUGUGCUACAGGUCCCAUGAGUACACCAGUCGGGUGGUAGCUCACCAAAACUCCUUCAGCAACAAGCUGAAUCCUCAGUACUUUCAUUCUAUAUCGUAUAAAAUUGAAGAAAUAUCACCAAGCACAUUAAAAAACAGUCUCUUUCCAUCUCCCGUUAGCUCUAUUUCCCCCGGUUUGCACAGCUUUACAGAAAGCCACAGGCUAAUGAAAAGACGAAAGUCAAUUUGAGGUUACCUUCGUUCUUUUGCCGCUGAUCACCGUCCUCUUUCUCUCUCUCUCUCUCUCUGUUGUUUAGGUGUUGCUUUACGCAACGGACGCAGAGAGGGGCAAAAGAAAGCAAAGAGGGGGGGAAAAAAAAUAAAAAAUCAACUAGUCUGCCUUUUUCGAGACUCAAAAAAAUUGAGCAUGAAGCAUGGGAAACGUCUACUCCAGCAAAUUAUGCCUUACGCUAAACCCCCUGAGUGGAUUUCAGAAGUUUUCGUAAUAAAUAUAAUUUACAAUUCCAAAGUUGCACACGAACGGGGGAGGCAUUUGUGUGCCACUCAUAUUUGUGAACUAACAAACUUUUUUUUCCUUUUACAAAAUAUUAAAAUUUAAAAAAAAUAAACAAAAAAAAGCAGGUGACGGGUAUACACUAAUAUGUCUGUGCAAUCCCACAAAUAAUGCAUUCUGAAGAAAAUAAAACAUUUUAAUAUCAGGUAUUAUCUACUUGAAAGAAAAAAUAUUGCUUAAUAUAGAGGUUCAUCCUAGAAGAGAAUAUUCUGGAAAAAAUAAAUAUUUUUUGUUAUACUUAUUUUUUAGUGCCAGACUUAAGCAUGUGCAUUAGACAAUACUGUAUGCCGGGGUAUCGCCUGAUGAAUUUUUAAAUGCUAGAUAGAUUGUUUAAGAAAAAAUAUAGUUUAAGAUAAAAUGGAGGCAAUGGAUACUUCUCGCUUGCCAGUUCAAAAUAAUAAUAAAAAAAA